AGCCUGCGGACAGGGAAAAGACAGCGUCGGCUUGUAUAGUGUCCCGGAAGGCGUCCCAGGGUGGAGUUUGUGUGGCACGCAACUGCGGGGUAUUUUUCUCACUCGACAGUCUUGGAAACCAAAGGACCAAAAUCAUCAAAAAACAGACCAGGUUUAUUUUAGAUUUGUACAUUCUUUUCUGAGGACCUUAUCACCGACACAGCAGCAUGGGUGCACAUGAAGAGAAGAAGCAAACAUGUGGAACAAUUUGCCAGAAAUAUCUACUGUUCAUGUUCAACUUUCUCUUUUGGCUUGCAGGGGGCGUUGUGAUGGCUGUGGGUGUUUGGACUUUGGUUGAAAAGAGCGACUACAUCAGCCUUCUCCCCUCCAUGACAUAUGCUGCCUCUGCCUACAUACUGGUCCUCGCUGGAGCCAUCGUCAUGGUAACAGGCGUUCUGGGAUGCUGCGCCACCUUCAAGGAGCAGAGGAGGCUACUGCGAGUGUAUUUUGUCCUGCUGCUGUGUAUUUUCCUGUUGGAGAUCCUUGCUGGUGUCCUGGCUUACAUCUACUAUCGGCAGUUAAAUGAGGAGCUGAAGCAGAACCUGAGGGAGACCAUGGUCCAGAAGUACCAACAGAAUAAUCACGAUCAUGUUACCAGUGCUGUGGAUAAGCUGCAACAGGAGUUCAAGUGUUGCGGGAGCAACAAUUCAUUCGACUGGGCGGAGAGUGUCUGGAUCCGCUCCAGAGAUGGAGACGGUAGGGUAGUGCCUGACAGCUGCUGUAAGACUCCAUCCGAGCUUUGCGGACGUGGGGGGCACCCCUCCAACAUCUACAAGGUUGAGGGUGGCUGUAUUUCAAAACUGGAGAAAUUCAUCCAGGACCACCUGAAGAUCAUUGGAGCGGUGGGUGUUGGGAUUGCCUGUGUGCAGAUAAUAGGGAUGGUGUUUACAUGCUGCCUAUACCAAAGUCUGAAGACGGAGCCGUACUAGAGAAGAAGAGAAAGAGAUAUAAGUCACUUCAUUGACAUACUUAAACAUCCCAUUGCUUCUUUUCUCAUCUUGCUUGUGGGAGGAGGUGAGGGAUCAAAUUACACAUCUGAGUUCCUUAUAGUGGUACUGUGGAAAAACAAUUGAUCUUUAAUAAGUAAUUAGAGUCUCAAGAUUACAACACUGUAAAAAAAAGCCUCAGAGAGAAACUGUUGGGAAUAUUGCUUCUGAAUAUUUAAUUUAGUAGGGGAUACCCUCUGUGGGAAUUUUUCUUCAAUCCUCAGUUUUAUUCCCUCUGCGUGCAAUACAGUGAUGUUAAUGUAUUGUAAUGUUUUUAUGGACUAAAACCUGGUGACAGCAUUUCCUUUUCCCAGCAGCACCAGCUGCAGGUUUUAACAAGCUCGCUUCACCUGCUGGAGCAUCACGUUUCCAUAUUAACUAACCAGUCAUGCAUUUUAAAUAUCUACUCCUCCGUGGCCUUUUAAACUCUCAACACUUAGUAGAAUCACUGUUUUUAUACUUUGUAAAUGACUAUUCUCAGUAAUGUUUGAGGUGCUUUCCUGUGAGCUAUUACUGUAGUUUAUCCUUUAUUGCCUAGUGUGUCUUCACAUAGUGAUGUGCCACUGUUGGAUCAGGCUCUUAUCCCCAGUGUGUUGGCAAGGGCACUUUAUCUGCCAGACUGACGGUACGAUGACUGCACCUUCUCACCAGCAUAACUGCACUAUCACUUUAAUAACACGAUAGUGGCAGCAUUUUAACCAUUUGCAUCUAGCCUCAUUUGCAAGGCUGAUGUUUCAACGUAAUAUUUGUGCCUACCAACAUCGCUGAUGGAAAAGUGCCUGGUUUUUAUGUUACUGUAUUUCUCUAUACCACUGAUGCCAAAAUAUACACUGACUGACUUGUGCGUAUACUGUGUCUUUACCAAAUGCCAUCACAUACCGCUUUUGGUGAUACAUUGUCUUUCGAAGUUAAGAUUUUGUUUUUGUGACGAUCAUGAAUAAAGUAUUCAAAAUGUAGUAUAUAAUACAU